GGAGAAGAAGAAGUCUACGAGAUCAAUCAAGGACCCAAAUCUGGUAAGCUCCCACUGAACAUGACGCAGACAAAAGUUUCAUUCUGAUACAUGUUGCAGGUAACCUGGGACUCGCCAGACGACCCAGCAAACCCAAGGAACUGGUCCAUGAAGCGGAAAUGGGCUGCCACCUUCAUCGUCUCCUCCUUCACCAUCGUCUCGCCAAUCUCCUCUUCAAUGGUAGCACCAGCCCUCAGCAGCAUGGCUCAUGAGUUCGGCAUAACAAAUGUGGUGGAGUCGCAGCUGAUUCUCUCCAUCUUCAUCCUCGCAUAUGCUGUGGGGCCACUCUUCCUAGGCCCGCUUUCCGAGGUUUAUGGCCGAGUGCGAGUACUACAAUUAGCGAAUUUGUUUUACCUGGCCUGGAAUAUUGGUUGCGGUUUCGCCCAGAAUAGCGGUCAGAUGCUCGCAUUCCGGUUCUUGAGUGGGCUGGGUGGAAGCGCUCCUCUAGCCAUUGGCGGUGGCCUGCUCUCCGACUGCUUUCCCCCAGAACAGAGAGGAAGGGCUAUUAGCAUCUACAGUCUUGCGCCUUUGCUUGGUCCCGCCAUUGGCCCCAUUGCAGGCGGAUUCAUAACCGAGAACACGACGUGGCGAUGGGCGUUCUGGGCAACCUCGAUCUUCACCGGAGUGGUCCAGUUAUUCGGCAUCGUCUUUCUGCAAGAAACAUACGCCCCAGAAAUCCUGAAGCAAAAGGCCAAAAAGCUACGCAAAGAGACUGGAAAUACGGCUUUACACACAGAAUACGAAAGCCCGGAUAAAACAUUGGGCAAAAUCCUGAGGACGGCGAUCAUAAGACCAUUCAGGCUUCUAGGGACCCAGCCUAUCGUCCAGGUUCUCGCGGUCUACAUGGCCUAUUUGUACGGCUUGAUGUAUCUCGUUCUUUCGACAUUCCCUCCACUUUGGGAAAAGAGGUACCAUGAAUCCGUGGGAAUUGGAGGGUUGAACUAUAUCUCCCUGGCACUUGGCUUUUUCCUGGGAACACAGAUCUGCGCACCCAUCAACGAUCGUAUCUAUCGGAGGCUGAAGAAGAAGAACAAUGGUGUGGGCAAGCCUGAAUUUCGCAUCCCACUGAUACUACCCGGCGCGAUAAUGACGCCUGUUGGCCUUUUCUGGUAUGGAUGGUCCGCGCAAGCCGGAGUCCACUGGAUCAUGCCAAACAUUGGUGCCGCAACCUUCUCGGCCGGCAUCAUUAUUGGAUUCCAGUGUAUUCAAACAUAUCUCGUAGACUCCUACUCUCGGUAUGCCGCCUCAGCCAUCGCUGCCGCAACGGUUCUACGAUCUUUGGCUGGCUUCGGGUUCCCGCUCUUUGCGCCGUCAAUGUACGCUGCUCUUGACUAUGGAUGGGGGAACAGUGUGCUCGGCUUUGUUGCAUUGGGAUUGGGAGUUCCAGCUCCCUUUUUGAUGUGGAAGUAUGGUGCGCUACUUCGAGCAAAGUCACAGUUUGCAGCUGGUGGCGGCUGAGUUCUUUUGGGUGUUAUUUGUGCAUUUCUGGGGUAUUGUGCAUUGCGACGGCGUACAAAAUAUCUUUGGUGGGCAGGCAUCUGGUCUGGAAGCAUUUUGUUUGAGGACGAUUCUAGUC